AUGGAGCUACUGUCGCCGCCGCUCCGGGACGUCGACUUGACAGGCCCCGACGGCUCCCUCUGCUCCUUUGCCACAGCCGACGACUUCUACGAUGAUCCGUGUUUCGACUCCCCCGACCUGCGCUUUUUUGAGGACCUGGACCCGCGCCUGAUGCACGUGGGGGCCCUGCUGAGGCCGGAGGAGCACACGCACUUCCCCGCUGUGGGGCCCCCGGGCCCGGGCGCCCGCGAGGACGAGCAUGUGCGCGCGCCCAGCGGGCACCACCAGGCGGGGCGCUGCCUGCUGUGGGCCUGCAAGGCGUGCAAGCGCAAGACCACCAACGCCGACCGCCGCAAGGCCGCCACCAUGCGCGAGCGGCGCCGCCUGAGCAAGGUGAACGAGGCCUUCGAGACGCUCAAGCGCUGCACGUCCAGCAACCCGAACCAGAGGCUGCCCAAGGUGGAGAUCCUGCGCAACGCCAUCCGCUACAUCGAGGGCCUGCAGGCCCUGCUGCGCGACCAGGACACCGCGCCCCCUGGCGCCGCCGCCUUCUACGCCCCGGGCCCGCUGCCCCCGGGCCCGGGCGGCGAGCACUACAGCGGAGACUCGGACGCGUCCAGCCCGCGCUCCAGCUGCUCGGACGGCAUGACGGAUUACAGCGGCCCCGCGAACGGCCCCCGGCGGCGGCCCGGCUACGACGCGGCCUACUACAGCCAGGCGUCCAGCGAGCCCAGGACCGGGAAGAGCGCGGCGGUGUCUAGCCUCGACUGCCUGUCGAGCAUCGUGGAGCGCAUCUCCACCGCCAGCCCCGCGGCGCCUGCGCUGCUCCUGGCCGACGCCUCGCCAGAGUCGCCUCCGGCCCCUCCGGAAGGGGCUUCCCCAAGCGACGCAGAACAGGGGGCUCAGACUUCGCCCCCCGACGCCGACCCUCAGGGCCCCGCAGGCUCCAACCCCGAUCCGAUCUACCAGGCGCUGUGA